GCCGGUCGGAGCCCGCCCCUCGGGAGCCGCACACCGGGCGCACCGGGGCCUCAGUCGCCGACCCCGACCUCCGGCUGCCUUCAGGCCGGCCCAGCCAAAAACUCACCUGCGCCCCGACCCCGCUCUCGAGGACUCUGGGCGCCGCCCUCUCCGGGCACCGGAUCGGACCGCGCCUCGCCGACCCCUGCCAACCCGGCCCGCCGGCCCCCGCAGCACCUAGUUGUCCCUGGGACACGACCCUGUGCUGGGCAGUCGCCGGAGAAGGCCGGGCAGCGGCUCCGGCCCCCUCCCCGGGUGCCAGGCCGUGGACGUUGUGUAUGUCCGUUCCGCAGCGACGCUGGGCCCACGCCGGGCCACCCGCAGUCCCGAGGAAGCCACCAGCAGCUCCGGGGCGGUGGGCGCGCAGGCGGCCCCCGAGGCCCAGUCCAGGCCUGGGCCGUCCCAGCAGAGCUGUGCUCCCAGUGUCCUCCCAGGCAACACCAACAGGGCCUCUGCCGGCGCCCAUUCUCCACAUGGCCGUCAGCUCUGCGCUCCCGAGGCAGGUUUCAGAAACAGGACUCGCCUUCCAGCUCCACCAAUGCAUCCAGCAAUUUGAGCGUAACGCAAACUCUGCAAGAAUGACCAGGGAGGAGGGCAGGGGGGGCGCCGCGCUGCCCCGCAUGGAGCUUGGGAAUACGGUCAGGCUUGCUUUUCGAGAAGCACCAGUCCAGCAGGCGGCCGAAGACGUCCCUGCCUCAGCCCAGUCCCUAGAGGUUCAACCUGGGGUACCAGCGCUUGACGCGUCUCCACGGCACCGCCCUCGUCCCUCCUGGGGGACCCCCAUUCAGCCCAGCGUCAGAAUCUGAAUGCUGCCCCACCCAGAGCUGCCCCUGCAAUCGGCCCUUUCAGUGAACUGUACCGUCACCCACCAGCCCCCUCGCUCCCCGUCCAGGCAGAGCCCAGUCUGAGGCCUAGCCGGUCAGCUCCAGGAGGGGGCUUCUGACCCGGGAGGGGCCUGCACACUGAGUGUCCACUGGUUGCCUGACUCAGACGCGCAGGUCGCAGAAGCGGUCUUUCUCCCCAACCACGUCAGGCCCCGUCGGCCACAAAAUCGUGGCUUAAAAUAGUCCAGAGCCGGAGAACAAAGAAACCUAAGGAACUGAGUUACGCAAGGGAAGAGGCCCUGGACCACUCACCCCACGGGGCAGUAGGAGAGCCCGGGGUGGCUGUGUGUGAAGACAUGUGCAGACCAGAGUCUUGAGGGCCGUCCUCCAGCUCUGCGUAGAAGGCCGGGGGCAGCAGGGGCAGCUGGAGGGAGCGCCCCAGGUGUACGGACCCCCAGGGAGAAGGCCACGGGAGCACGCUGCUCUGGACCCUGUGGCCGGGGCGCGUGCCCGCCUGGCCCCAGCCUGGAGCAGCAAAUGCGUGUCCCUGCUGGGCCUCCACCUCCCUGUGAGGGGAGGGGACACGGCUGCAGGGGAUACAUUUGGGUUUUUUUUCCCCAGAAGAAUUCAAAACUACAAACAAAAUCACUCAAGGAGAAGGGUGGGUUAGAAGAGAAAGAAUUACCAAGUCGACACCAGUGAAUUUCAGACUCCAGUGGAAAAUGCUCGAGCUGCUUCCUGAGGUGUCUCCCCACUGGUUCCCGUUGGUCUGGAAGGCGCAUGUCCACCAACCCCCCCAACCCCCCCCCCCGCCACAGUCACUUGUCUCUCCCGCCACCCAGAUCAUGCAGCGAGUGCAUCACAGACUUUCAGAGUGGGCAGCCGCCCCCCAGGCUGUGAGCCCCCGGAAUUUCCUUUCCUGGCUGUGGGCUUCACCCACCCAAGCCCCACGUCCCCUCCCUCCCCACUGCCAGCCUGGGGGGCAGGCAGACCCCAAGUCCUUCCCAGCCGAGAACCGGCAGCCGCUUAGUCGUGCUGGGAAGCGAGCAGAAGGGUGAUGUGCUGGGCCCAGGGCUCCAGGGCCCGCGCUGUGCAUGGCUCAGCCCCCACACUCGACCACGGAGCAGGGCGGGGCAAACAGGGGCCCUGCCCAGGAGCCCACGGCCCUGUACCCGCAGGAGCCCCCAGGGCCCGAGUCUUGUCCUACCCAGUUCCGUCCCAUCUCGGCAGCUGGCCACCGGCCCCUCCCCCCCUCCCUGGAGAACCGUCCCCACUGGCAGGGCCCCGAACUGAGCUGGGCAGCUGAGAACAGACCAGAGGAGCGAAGGGAGGGAGCGGUUCCCGCCAGGGCAGGAUGGCACGCUGGAGCUCAGUGGUGCCAGCCGAGUGGGGACCCCAGGGCCCCGGCGAGAACCCCCAGGCCUGCCGGGCCCCCCGCCCGCUCUCUGCAUGUUUUAUACUCUGAAGGCUGGCCAGUCGACGCCACAGCUACGCCAAAACUGAACGAGUGUUUGAAACACGAAAUGUAUCAAGGACACAAAAUACUGAUUUAAGUUUAUUGCUUCUAAGACCCAUACCCUUUAACCUAUUUCCCACUAGAAAGGACAAUUUCAAAAUCUGAAGGGAGGAAUCCUGGGAGCUGAGGGCCACACCCUACCCUGCACGUCCCCUGCAGUCCCCUUACGAGCCCCGCCAGGCCCCACCACCCAGCCUUCAACCGGUUCCUCCCGGCGGCCAACUCCAGGGGUGCGCCCCUCUUCCGUGGGCCCCCACUCGGUCCCACUGGCCGCUUCCCCAGCUGCACAAGGGCCUGAGUGGAAGCAGGAAAAGGCCCCUCAAGGACGGCGUGGUAGACAAGUCACACUCCUCCCGGCGUGCCGAACGGUUUUUAAUGACGCGACGAGCACACGUGCAAGGGAAAGGGCCUUCUCUGGUGACAGGGCGGGCGGGAGGGAGGGAGGGAGGACACGAGAGACGGGACCCGUGGGAGAGCAGCCUCCCGCAUGAGCUGGAGACGAAGAUGACGAGGUGUUGUGUCCGGUGUCCACGCAGAGUCACCAGGGCCAGGUGCCCCCCAACCCCACUGCCAGCCCCCCUCACGGUCGAGGGGCCACCAGCCCACGUGCACCCACCUGUUUCAUCCCAGCACCAGUUCCCGCGAGCAAGUGUGGGCUGGUCCUCGGGGCACCGGGCAGGUAACUGACCUCCGCCCAGUGACACUCACACAUAAAUAGCCAUAAAUUAAUCCCUAACCAGCUACGCUUCACACCCUCAGGGACGAAGGCCAGGGAGGCGCCCACUCCGGACUCGCGCCGCCCCCUGGGCUCACAGGGAGAGGGCGGCCGCGCACGUGGCGCUGGGGGUGUGGCCGUCGGGAGAAGCAAACCUUACGCAAUCAGACACGCCAACUGCCAGUGUUCAGGUGAUAGAUGCUUCUAAUUAGCAGCAGAGGAUGUUUAUAGAAAAAAUAUAUUUUUAAGAAAAUAGCUGAAAAAGUCUAAAGAGAUAAAAGUAUAAAAAGUUUAAAAAAUAUAUCUUAAGCCAAAAUAUUGCCCAACACAUAUAAAACUUAAUUUUAAAAAAAUUCACCUAGCUAACGUUGAAGGAGGCUCAGGCAGCCGGGGGCCGGUCCCCCGCGGAGCUGUGGGGCUCCGAGCGGAGGGGGCCCGGCCGGCCCCAGGGUGACCAGCUUGCAGGAAAUGGCUCUGUUCCCGCGUGUUCUUAUGAUCACCAGGCAGCAGGGCUGGCCCAGCGGCCCGAGGCGCUCGGGGGACGGCCGGGGCCCCACGCCUGCGCAGCAGGCUCAGGUCUCCACCAGGAUCUCCACCACGUGGUCCAGCUCGCCCAGGUCCCGCUUGCAGCUGGCGCUGGGGGGCGGGGCGCCCG